CGUCGACGUGGAAGUCGCUGCCGUGCGAGGAAGGCAUGGGCGUGCGCCAGAACCCCUGGACCCCCACUAAGCGCCGCGGCCCCAUCGCGGCCGAGUCCGCUAGUCCCGGCCCCGCUGUAGUCUCUUUACCUUCACUCAUUGGUAAGCCACCUCCGGAAUCUCGGAAGGCGCGAGCGCCGGCAUUCACCUUUGGCCACAAGUUAGAUCCUCCGGGUUUCAGCUCCAAGACAGGCCCCGGCCCGGCCUCUUACAACACAGAAGGCAUGACCGCCAAAGGUCGGUCGGUGGGUCCGGCGGCGUCGCUGCACGGGCGCUGGCCGCCGCCGCGCGUGCCGCCGACGCCGGCGCCGUGCGACUACGAGCCACAGCGGGCCGCGCGCGCCGUGCUCGACCACGCACCGGCCUUCUCCAUUGGUUUGCGUGUGAGCAUGCCGCAAGCACAGUCUAGGACGCCAGCACCAAACAUCUACUCAAUGCCGCCCGUCCUCGGCGAGGCGAAAGAAGGCAGCAAGCAAGCAGCGCCAGCGUUCAGCAUCUGUGGCCGCCCGAAGAACAUCGAGUCCAAGACGCCCAUGCCUGGCCCGGGCACCUACACCACGGACAAGGCAGUAAACGUGCUCACCAAGCGACCGCCUGCUUACACCAUGGCUCCUCGACGAGAGCUCAGGCAUCCGUCUGAGGGCAUACCCGGCCCUGGUGUCUAUUGUCCUGAGAAGGAUUCUACACAGCAACAAUCAAAAACAUAUAAGCAUACCUUUUCGAGCAGAUGUAAGAUUAAAAACGGUGAUCAAAUUCCUGCUCCUAAUGCGUACUCGCCAGAUAAAGCCGACAGAUUGUUACGAGCAAAAUCACCUGCCUUCUCCUUUAGGUCCAAAACUGAGGUCACUAUCUCAAGUGACGCGCCGGCGCCUAAUGUAUAUUCUCCUGAAAAAGCUCUCAAUUCACUCAAGAGUGGACCAAAAUAUACAUUAGCAGGAAAAGGUGUUUCAGAAAAGCACGAUUCAACCCCAGCCCCCAAUACAUAUAACCCUCAAAAAGCUGAUAGAAUCAUGCACGAAAGUUCUCCUUCUUACACUAUGCGUUCUAAAGACGUUGUGGAUAAAGUUGAACAAACACCAGCACCUAAUGUUUAUGCCCCAGAAAAUUCUAUGCAUAUGCUGAAUGGAGGCCCUAAAUACACCAUAUCUGGAAAAGGGCCUAAUUCAAAACUUCCUGAGACGCCUGCUCCUAACUCCUACACUCCAGAAAAAGCCGAUAAAGUGUUACAUGAGAGCUCACCUGCUUAUUCUUUUAGGAUAAAAGAAGAAACGGUUAUCCGCAGUGAAUCUCCCGCUCCUAAUGUUUAUGCCCCAGAGAAGUCGAUGCAGAUGUUAAAUGGAACUCCUAAAUAUACCAUAAGUGGGAAAGGCCCAGAAAGCAAAAUCGAAAAUACUCCAGGCCCAACAGCUUACUGUCCGGAUAAAGCAGAUAAAUUGCUUCAUGACUCAUCUCCUGCAUUUACAUUCAGAGCGAAAGACCAGGUGCGAAUAACCGACGAUGUUCCUGCUCCAAAUGCUUAUGCUCCUGAAAAAUCAAUGCACAUGUUGGAUGUAUCUCCAAAGUAUACUAUUGCAGGGAAAGGUGCCUCUCCAAAACAUGAUAAUAUACCGGCGCCAAAUACGUACAACCCCGAUAAAGCAGAUAAGCUUCUCCACGACUCUUCGCCUGCUUAUUCAUUCAGGCCGAAGCCUGUUAUGGACCGACCCAGUGACACACCGGGACCCAAUGUAUAUGAUCCGCAUUUAUUGGAUGGUACACCUAAGUACAGCUUAUAUGGCAAGGGUCAUGAUGGCAAAUAUCCCGAGACACCUGGUCCUAAUGCAUAUAACCCUCACCUACCCGACGGAACUCCAAAACAUACAAUGGCAGGUAAAGGGCAUCCAGAAAAACCGUUUGAUGGUCCUGCUCCUAAUUCAUAUGAUCCUCAUUUAUUUCCUAAUACUCCUAAGUUCAGUUUGACUGGAAAGGGAUUAGACGGGAAGCCAUCAGACACGCCUGGUCCGAAUUGCUACAACCCACAUUUACCAAGUAAUUCACCGAUGUAUACUAUAUCCGGUAAGGGCCCGGACGGAAAAGUGUCAGAUACGCCAGGUCCAAAUAACUACAACCCACAUUUACCAAGUAAUUCUCCAAUGUAUACUAUAUCCGGUAAGGGCCCGGACGGAAAAGUGUCAGAUACGCCAGGCCCAAAUAACUACAACCCACAUUUACCAAGUAAUUCUCCAAUGUAUACUAUAUCCGGUAAGGGCCCGGACGGAAAAGUGUCAGAUACGCCAGGCCCAAAUAACUACAACCCACAUUUACCAAGUAAUUCUCCAAUGUAUACUAUAUCCGGUAAGGGCCCGGACGGAAAAGUUUCGGAUACACCUGCUCCCAAUAAUUAUGAUCCACAUUUACCGAGUAAUUCUCCAAAGUAUACAAUAUCCGGCAAGGGUCCGGAUGGAAAAAUUUCAAACACACCUGGUCCUAACGCAUACGACCCUAACUUGCCAUAUAACUCUCCAAAGUUUACAAUGUCCGGCAAAGGUCACGAUACAAAGACUUCAAAUGUACCCGCUCCGAACGCGUACGACCCUAAAAUCUUAAAUGAAACGCCUAAAUAUACGAUGGCUCCGAAAGGUAAACCAGGGAAAAUUGACAACAACCCAGCCUGUAAUUUUUACCACCCCGAUAAAGGCAACAACUUAGUAUUUGAAAGCUCACCCUCAUACACCUUUAGAGACAAGCAACCCCUUCAUUUACCAGACAAUACUCCGUCGCCUAAUUUGUACCACCCCGAUAAAGGCAACAACUUAGUAUUUGAAAGCUCACCCUCAUACACCUUUAGAGACAAGCAACCCCUUCAUAUACCAGAAAAUGGUCCGGCGCCUAAUGCCUACGAUCCGAGCAAAUAUCACUACAUGUUGGACGGUGUGCCAAGGUAUUCAUUUGGUACUAAAGGACCUGCAGAAAAACAUGAUGACGUUCCUGCUCCAAAUGCCUAUAAUCCAGACAAGGCUGAUAAAAUAUUGCACGAAACAUCACCAUCUUACACCUUUAGACCUAAAGUCGAGAAUGGAAAAAUUGUGGACACUCCUGGUCCUGCUGCAUACAAUCCUGAGAAAGCUGACAAGGUUUUACUAGACAAUGCGCCAAGGUAUUCUUUCCGCAUUAAGACCAAUCCGCAUAAGACCGACAAUGUUCCCGCUCCCAAUGCGUAUAACCCAGAUAAGGCUACUAAUUUGAUGAAACCUAGCGCUCCUCAGUACACCUUUAGGAUUAAAACGGACGCUUUGAAAAUUCCUGACACGCCAGCUCCGAAUGUGUACACAAUCCCGACUCCGGUGAAAACGCCGCUGUACACCAUAUCAGGCAGGCACAAGGAGCCAAUAGAUGAGCGCUUGAAGGUCCCUGCUCCCGGCGCUUAUAGCCCGGAGAAAGCGACCAAAUUUGUCCUGACCUACUCGCCCCAAUACACCUUUGGAGUUAAGAUUCAAACGUCCAAGUUCGCUGAAUCUCCCGCACCCAACAGUUACCGGAUACCGUCUGUAUUAGACGCUCCCGUGUACACGAUAUCAGGCCGGCACAAGGUUCCGGUCGAUGACAGAGUCCGUGUGCCCGCGCCUGGCACAUAUUCACCGGAAAAGGUGCAGUUGAACAGAACGCCACAAAUAACCUUCGGAAUAAAACAUUCCCCAUUACUGGGACAAUUAAAACCAAUACAGACAAUUCGUGAUACAAGCGACACACAGAAUCUACAACAAACUUCUAGAACUGUUGAAGUGAAAACUACAACUUUCCAGAAUAAUGUUGUCAGCGAAAAUAACGACGUACAAAAAAUAAGGAAUUUUAUACAAAACGAGUCGGAUGUCAAUUCGUCUCAAAACAUAAACGAAUCGCACGAAGUUAAUACGUACAUUCAACGAACACGAACCCCAGUAACUCAGAUCCGAACAGAAAGUGACAUCAGUUCUACAGUUACUCAAGAGCCCGUUGUAGAAACCCUGACGCAGGAAAUUGUAUGGGUGCCGGAAAAACCUAUUCGUCGAAACUCUUACACUAUUGACAAAUCGGAUGGAUCUGGAUUUUUGGAGCAUUACCAGAAUAGUGACGUCGUGCCAGUAGUAAAUGGCGUGCGGAGAACUGACGCCAGCGGAGAGCGCGGAGCAUCCUGCUCGCAGGAGACAAGCGAGGCGGUGAUUAAGAGAGAUGGCUUCGAACAGAGCAUGCAAAAGAAUGUGAAGAACGAGAGCGCCCAUGAGAAAACUCAAACAUCUACCGAGGAGGUACGACAGGGUACUGAGGUGAAGCAGCUCGCAAACGGGGGCAUCGCCAAGACCACUACAACCACAACCGUUAGAAAAGUGGGUGCGGCUGCGAAAACGGCAAAAGCAACGACCACAGUCACACGCACUGCGACUGCAGUCACAUCGCGUGACGUCGGCGCUAAGUAAAGCUAGAUACUACUAAAUUGAUACCUAUAUAGCUUCCUACCUAUUUCCUUUAUAUGGAAAACCGAUUCAACCUUAAAAGGAAACCGCUACUGAAUUAUUUAAGUUCAACAUUUAUAAAUUAACUUUAUAUUCGUUUGCUUCGUAAAAGUGCUCCCAACAGUUAAAACUAAGAAUUUACUUAUAACAUCCCUUAAUUGUAAAAUAAAUACAUGUAAUUUUAUCAAAUUUCUCAAUAUUGAGAUAGAAAAUAUACGUCUAUUAUUUACCAGUACCUUUAAACACAAUUUAAUGUCUUUAAUUUAUACUCACCAAUUGUUACUUACUAAAAUUAUAAAUUUAUUGGAAAAUCUCAGAUUUAUUUAUAAUAAAGUUUUUAAUAAUU